CUAUAAAAUGAUGGGUUUUGAAAUGCUGGUCAGGGUAGAGUGAAAAGCAGUCGCUGGCAAUAAUAGCCAGCCCUUAGCCAGUAUCAAAUUCUGGUUCAGUUCUAAGGGCAGGAAGCUGGUGGAGCCUUUCUCGGCCUCACAGGACUUCAGCACCUGAGACAGCUCCAAUAGUCUCCGGAACUGAGAGCUCCGGAGGAGCGUUACUUGGCAAGAGAUGGAAAUCAGAAGUAAGCCUCAGCUCCUCGUGCUCCUGACACUUUGUAGUAUGCUCUUCUCACAAACAUUGGCAUGGCCUCUUUUUGGAGCACCUUCUGCUCUGAGUAGGUUGGGUGACAGAAUAUCAUUUGAAGAAGCAAAUGAACCUGAUCAAGUUUCACUAAAAGCAGACACUGACAUCUUGCAAAAUGUGUUAGCUGAAAAUGACAAACCCUACUAUGAUGUAUCCAGGAACACCAGGCAUGCGGAUGGAGUUUUCACCAGUGACUUUAGUAGACUCUUGGGUCAAAUUUCUGCCAAAAAAUACCUUGAGUCCCUUAUUGGAAAACGAGUUAGCAAUAACAUCUCAGAAGACCAGGGACCAAUCAAACGCCACUCAGAUGCCGUCUUCACUGACAACUAUACCCGCCUUCGAAAACAAAUGGCUGUAAAGAAAUACUUGAACUCAAUUCUGAACGGGAAAAGGAGCAGUGAGGGAGAAUCUCCUGACUUCCUUGAAGAGUUAGAAAAAUAAUGAAAAAGCUCUUUGGAGCAAAGCUGCUGACAACUUCCCAGUGAAUUCUUGAAGGAAAAUGAUAGGUGAAGUAAUUCUAUUUUGAGUUCUACAUAAGUAAUUCAAGAAAACAACUUCAAUAUCAAAACCAAAUAAAAUAUAUUGUGUUGUGAAUGUUGUGAUUUAUUUUAUUGUAAUAACUGUGAUGUUUACACUGUAAAUAUUAUUUCAGAGUUCUUAAAUUUGUCCUUAAUUCAUGAGAAUCCUGUAAUUUCAUAUGCUGUGUAUUCUUUCUAACAAAAAUAUAUUUAAUGAUAAGUAAAGAGUAGGUUAAUUCAGUUAUAUGAAGCUUUUUGGAAGGGUAGUAAUAAAGCAAAAUUGAUGUGUUAUUUAUAGAGUAUACUUAACUAUUCAGAAGAGUGGAGAAGAUAAUCACUGUUUCUAAAUUUGAAUGUUAAGCAGAUAGAAUGCUGUGUUAAAUAAACUUCAAAAUGUGUAAAAGAAUACCAAACAACAAAGAUAAAAAGACAUUCCUCAAAAAAUAUUUUCAGAAAAUGUUGUGCGUCUCCACAUCUUUAGGCAAACUUUAUUUUGAAUAGAAUUAAAAAUCUCUCAAAUUUGGAUCUCUAAUUGCCAAAGACUCUUUUGAGCUAGUGUUUCAGUGAAUGAGAAUGGCCUCUAUUUCCGACAUUGCAUCUUUCCUUUAUGCUUGUCUUAAGUAUGUGUAAAAUGUAAACUGAAUGGAACGUUUGUUUUUCAGUAAUAAAUAUUUUUUCCAUAAUGACUCAAAUAAUGCUUUGGUCAGACCAGCUUCCUUCAGUGUGAAAGUAUAUUUGGAGACACAACUAUUUUUCCAAAAUGACUGUAAGAAAUUA